GUUACGCACUUUGUUGGUGGCUUCGCCUCGUGCACGUCUUUAAUUUCCCUCCUUAUCAAAUAAAUGAAAAAAAUCAGUGCAAAAUGUACGGAAUGUUACUCGAAAGUGUCCAACAUUUUGUCCAGUUAGAGUACGGCGAAGAAAUUUGGCAGAAAGCUCUGCACUUGUCGGAAUGCAAAUACACGGUUUUUAGCACCCAUCAAGUGUACCCUGACCAUAUCAUGGGCGCUCUGGCGGCAGCUUUGGCCGAAAUCACCGCCCAGUCGGCCGAUGUUUUCAUGAACUUCUUCGGCAAGUGCUUCGUGAGGUUUUUCAGCAAUUUUGGUUAUGAUUUAACAAUUAAAGCAACAGGUCGCAAUUUCACCGAUUUUCUGGAAAAUGUUGAUAAUAUCCACAUCCAGUUCGCACUGUCUUACCCGAAGAUGAAAAGCCCGUCGAUGUAUGUAACAGAAGUUGAUGAAAAUGGAUGUGUAUUGGUUUAUCGGAGCGGAAGACAGGGUUUCAAUCAUUAUUUAAUGGGUCAAUUGCAUCAGAUUGCGAGAGAUAUUUUUAAUCUCAAGUUGGAAACAACAGUCCUUAAUCAGGAAAACAGGACUAUUAGCGGACGAAAUAUAAAAAUCGUCAAUUUCAGGCUCAACUUUGAUAACAGCCAAUAUAUAGCUGCUAAAAAAGCCAAAGCUGAUGCUCAUUUAAAAAUCAGUCAGUUGGCCCCAUUUUCCUGCAGUCUCCUCCUCGAGCUUUUCCCUUGCGCUUUCCUUUUUGAUCCCAUGUUGGAAAUUAUCGGUUGUGGCGAAAAACUCGUUGACUUAUCCGGGGGCAAGAACAAACUCUUACGAAAGCCUGUGACGAAAUUUUUCCGGUUGAGGCGUCCAAAAGGGAUCAGUUUUACCUGGAAAAAUAUUAUCAACUUGAAAUCGGUCAUGUUUGAAUUGGAGUUGCUUCGAUCCGAGUUGGUGCCAAAGGCCGACAUUGGGGACACCCUCGAUGAUAAAACUCUCGAGAUUGAAAUCGACGGAAAAAGCAUCUCUCCGUAUGCUUUGAGGCGAGACAGUCAACCCGGCCUGAAAAACAUACUUCUGAAAGGUCAAAUGCUGUUUCUUGAUGACAUAAAUGCGACUAUUUAUCUCUGCAGUCCAGUAGUGAAUGACAUUAACGAGCUGCCUGAUCAAGGGCUUUAUCUCAAUGACCUAAAUCAACACGGGUUGGGGAAAGAAAUGGUGUUAGCGGGCUGGCAGCACAACUCCAAAUUUGGGUUGAUGUUUGAUAAAGCGGAACAGAGGGCAAAUGAACUUGAAAAUUAUCACAGUUUGCUGGACACGUGGAAGAGAAGAGGAGACGACCUUUUGUACUCCAUGAUACCCAGAACGGUCGCUGAUCGGCUCAGAAACGGCAAAUCGCCCCUAAGCACUUGCGAAACAUUCGAUGCUGUAACUAUAAUGUUUUGCGAGUUAGUGGGUUGUAACUCCACGACGGUGCAAGACGCCAUGGAGUUGGUCUCCACCAUGAACGCCGUCUUCUCCUGUUUCGACUCCCUCAUGGACAGAUUUAACGUCUAUAAGGUGGAAACCGUGGGUCAAGUCUACAUGUCCGUGAGUGGUGCCCCUGAAAGGUCCUCCCUUCAUGCCCAAAACAUCUGCGACGUCUCCCUCUGUAUGAUGCGCCAAGUCAAACAACUGAAAAUUCCUUCGGGAAGUGGUACUCGAAUCGUGGAAGUUCGCAUUGGAGUGCAUUCAGGUCCUGUUGUCGCCGGAGUUGUGGGUAUUAAAGUCCCGAGGUAUUGCUUUUUUGGUGAUACGGUUAAUACAGCGUCGCGAAUGCAAUCGACAAGUUCGCCGGGAAUGGUGCAUAUUUCCGCACAGACUAAGGAGAAAUUACCUGAGGGGCGCUACGUUAUUGAGGAUAGAGGUCUUGUGAAACUGAAGGGGAAAGGAGAAGUCGAGACGUUUUGGAUAUUUGAGAAGGAAUCGGUUGCUAUUUGAAAGAGAGCCGAGAGUAUACGAUAUUUUAUUGAUCUGUAUUGAUGUUGAAAUAAAGUAUUUUUGUUCAAAGAU